AUGCACUCAUUAUUACCAAUAUCUUUAUUCACUCUUUUCUCUUCCGCGCACGCUUCAUACGUUCAGUUCAAGGACUGCAGUGUCCCAUCCUCAUCAGCAUAUUCAUACGACCCAAACAGUCUCGACGUAUAUCUAGACGAGCACAGCAAUGGAACAACGACGCUCAGUCUUGGAAUAACUGGGAAUUAUCCCACGUUAGCUUCAUGUCACAGAUCAUUACUCGACAACGCCUCUGUCGAAUUGAGCCUGGAGGCGCUGGGCGGGACGACGCGCUACAAUGGCGAGAUUCAGAAUGCGACGUGUCGGACUAGGGAGUUUAAGCAGAUCAACAUGGUUUUCUACAUGCAGUAUCUUGAGGUUCUUUUCAGGAUAAAUGACCCGAAACCGCUGGCGGCGUAUGAGUUUGAGAUUAACAUUGAUGCUCCGGAUCAUUUCUCAGUGGCGUGUCUCAAUGGGUUCCUGACGCCGGAUAUUGGAUACACGGUCCAGGAGAUUUCAUUCUGGAUACCGGCGCUUACGUUUAUCCUAGUCGUUUUGGCAGCUGUGGGGAAAGAAUGGUAUAAUCUAGUGCAUCCAUUACGAGAAGAUGAUGAGUCCGGGCAGGAGAGGAGUAUAAGUCGGUCUCAUCUCACGCGCAUCGCCGAUUGUCUCGCAUAUAUCCAAUUUAUCUUUUUUUCCAGCGCGCUCAGCCUUCGACAGCCUGGAUUUCUGCAACCGGUGGUUAGUUCGACGAGUUGGUCUACGCUCAUGACUCGGCGGGGUAUAGUUUGGAGGCAUUCGCUGUAUUAUGGUAUUCGCGACGGGAUCCAUGAGAUCAACGGCACCUUUGGCGGGACUUCAGGGCUGGAGCACAUGACUCAGGUGAUGGGGGCUCCAGUAACGCAGGAAACUUGGACUAACAUUGCGACGCUGGCGGUUGUCAUUCUCGCGCUGCUGUACGCGGUAAUUCAGGCAGGGCUUCAUUUAAGAUGGACGCGCGAUUGGUUUCAGCAAUCAGGGAGAUGGAUGAUUGACAGGUCUUCGAAACCGCACAAGGCUACGAUCUGGGUCGCUUUACGAGUGUACCUGAGUUAUCUACUUCUCCCGCUCACGGCCUGGACGACAUAUCAACUCGACAGCGUCAGCGCACGUCCCGUUUACUACACCAUCCUCGUCAUCUUGGUAGUUGCUCUGUUGAUCAUUGGGUGCUGGUGGGGAAUGUUGAGGAGUCCUCAAGACAUGGGUUAUUUACUGGUCGACAAUCUUCACAAGCAGACGCCGGAGGAGCCUUCACGAACGCAGGACUAUUACAGCUAUGUCACGUUCAUUCUUCUUUUUGCUCGGGGCGUUAUCAUCGGCGGAUUACAGCGUUUUGGGACUGUGCAAUUAUUUUCGCUCAUGGCCUGUGAAGUCAUCCAGUUGGGCUUUCUCGCUUGGGCCGGCGCGACAUUUGAGUUGCUUUCAAAGCCGGUUUUGAUCGCUGGUGCACGACUCUCAGCGCUUCUUCUCUGUCUCGGAAUGAUCCCUGAUUUGUGGACUCAUAUUGCUGCGAGUGCGCUUGGUUAUGUUUUGCUAGCAUUCCAUGCUCUGUUCUUGGUAGGAAUGUUUCUUGUCCCCUCAGCCUACGAGUCUACCCGUCUCGGCAUUACUUGUUACACCGAAUGGCAGACUCCUCAACAGCCUGCUCGUGGUUCUUCACUCGAGCGACCCCAGGUUUACGGCUUGCGUCAACUCUCAAGACGCCCAACAACAAGAACAGACCUAACAAACCAAAGCAUUAUGGAUCACGACAGAAGCAGCAGUCUAUCAAGCUCAGCAAACUCCUCCUCAGACUCCGCCAACAGAUCUUCCCGCGGUUCAGAACCCGUAUCACCCGAACUUCUCCGGACAUACUUCCGCUCUCCCCGGCCUGAGAGAUCUGUCUCAAGCCUCUCUCAAUUUGACUCACCACGGCCCGAGCGCUGUGCAUCACGGUCUUCACCGCGCCAUCAGCAAUUUCCGUCAUUUGACACCACACGCCCACCGACAGUUUACGAAAACCCUGCCGAGAGGAAUUCCGUUGGGUCGAGUUUGAGUACGGAUAGUGGAGAUAUUGGAGAUCAGCCUUCUGCGUGGUCGGCGAUAUUACCGUCGAAUACGAAUGUCGAUUAUUCGUUCAGGGAAACGGAUUUGUAUUAUGUUAGGCCGAGGGAGGUGACAUUUGGAAACUCUGGUGAGGCUGAUGAUGGCGGGGGACAGGCGUCAGGAUGGGCGGGAAAACUGAGGUUUUGGUCAUGA